AUGGCAUCACACGACCAAACGACGUCUUCAGAUUUCUCCAACGAUGCAGGCAUGCCAACAGCUCUAAACGAAGAACAAAAACACCACGUUGCCAAUUUUGUUGCCAAAAUAAUUCAAAGUUCGUUUGAAAUAAUCAAACAAGAAGAAGAUUUACUGAAUUUCCUUGACGAAGCUUUGGAGGGUCUAGGCGACGAGUAUACCGACGAAGACGAUAAAAAUACGGAACAGAACGUAUAUCCUAAAUCUAACACAAUGACGAGUGUAGCACCUAUGCCUAUUCCUGUAUGUCAGUUGAAUGGCGAACCGAUGCCAGAUUGUGAUGAAGACACGACAAAGGACCAGUCAGUCCCUACUGAACAGCCAGUCUCAUCAGAACCAAGAGAAGAUAUGAAUAUAUCUGUUGGAGCAGAAAUUCCGGACUUAUCUUUAAUGCACACAGACGGUAGCAAGCAAAACAUCAGCGCGUACAUACAAGAUAUUAUCCGAGAGGCACACGAAAAAGUCACCACCAACGAGGAGGCGGCGCCCUUAGCAACGGCGGAGAGCAGCAUGCAGGAUGACGUAACUCUUGCCGGAAGUUACUAUACAGACGAUAGUCCUUCAAAAGUGUCUCGAAACGCUACUAAUUCCGAUAACAAAGAAGAAGAAAAGCUUUCUAACUCAGUUGUUGAAGUGCCAGUUUCGGAUGUUCCAACGAAAGAAGUUAUUGUCAACAACAACGAAAACGAGAAAUCGCCGUUAGCUGGUGACCUAGACGAAAUUGUCGAAAUCGAAGAUGAAAGUUUCGGGCAGCAGUCGUUUGUGGAAAUGAACAGUAAGGAUAGAGGACACACGAAUAAGAAAACGAAAAAUCGUUUGAGCCGAAUCAAAGAUUCCAUUCUCGAUCUGUUCUCGUGCACCUCAUCACGUUCAACAAAUACGUCAUAA